UUGAUCACGAUGACAUCUCUGAACUUUGUUUUUUAUCUGACUUGCCUUUGCUUGGGGAGAAAGGCUCCAACAACUGCUUACAACUUCUCUGUGCGUCAAGAGGGUGGUUUUGUAUCAGCUAAUGUUAGUGACAGAGUGACACUACAAUGUUUCUAUGAAGGCGACAUCUCAGCAAGCUUUUUCUGGUAUAAGCAAACUCUGGGAGAGAAACCAAAGAUCAUCUCCAACUUCUAUAAAUAUGGCAAAAAUAGUAGUUUUAUUGAUGAAUUUAAAAACAAUCCACGCUUCACACUGGAAUCUAAUAACGGGAAAAAUCACUUGACAAUCUCAGAGUUGCGCAUCUCAGACUCUGCUAAUUAUUUCUGCGUGAUUUCCUAUAGAUACAAGUUUGAAUUUCGCGAGGGUGUUACUGUUAAUGUAAAAGGUUCAGGAUUUAAAGUCCCAGCUUUGGUCCAUAAUUCAGCUUCUGAGACCAUCCAGCCAGGAGCCUCUGUGACUCUGAACUGUACAGUUCACACUGGGACCUGUGAUGGCCAACACAGUGUUUACUGGUUCAAAGACUCUGAAGAAUCUCAUCCAGGACUCAUUUACACCCAUGGAGGCAAGAAUGAUCAGUGUGAGAAGAAACCCACCACACAAACACACACCUGUGUCUACAACCUGCCAAUGAAGAGCCUGAAUCUGUCUCAUGCUGGGACCUACUACUGUGCUGUUGCCUCGUGUGGACACAUGCUGUUUGGAAAUCGGAAUAACGUAGUGGAUAAGGUGGACUCUCCUGACUCUCUUGUGUAUUUCCUGAGUGUAGCUUUGGCAUUCACCACCAUCCUGGUUGUGUUACUGGCUUUCUCAAUGUACAAGAUGAGCAAGAGGAACAGCUGCCAAUGCACAGAGUCUCAAAGAUUUUCAGCUUCCACCGCAACAAAUGCAGAGGGUUAUCAAGAUGAAGACAACCUGCAUUAUGCUGCUUUAAGGGAUCACAGGGCCAUCGGAUCAAGAACACAGAGAGACAACACCAAGAGUGAAUGUGUCUACUCCAGUGUAAGGCAGUAGAGUUGGACAUGAUUCAUUUGUAUAUAUAUUUCUUUGUAAAAUGUCAUUUUGUUUACACCUGUUAACAUAUUGAGAAAUGAUGUAGAUUUUUGGUAAAACAGACACAGUUCUGUCAACCUUUCAUCUACAUAUAAUGAAGGUAAAGCCUUUGGGUUGCAGUGAACUAUUUCAAUAUGCUUUUGCAAUGACAGUUCAGCUGUGCCGGCAAAGGUGAAAUAUUUCCACUAUCACUAUAGCUGUUGUAUUGGUCUCUCAGUGCUGGAGUACUGAGACCAUGAUAUGAGCAAAACCUUAACCUGUUAAUAUGUCAAAGCAUCACAGACAUCAGCAACAUGUUAUUCUCAACUCCUCUGUUCUGAGAAAUACUGUAUGCCUUAAGGCCUUUACACAGCCGGGGCGUGAGAAAUAAACAACAUGAAAAUGACAAAUUCUCACAGUCCAAAAGCACAGAAAAAAAUUGUUUCCCAAAAAAUAUUAUUUUGCUUUUUAAAGUUUCACUUCACAACCACAAAAACAACAUUUCUACAAAAUAAAGUGCGGUGCAAUCUUUCCCACAAAAAGCCUUUAGUCUUUACUUGUUUUUGUUCAUGAUGCAACAAACUCAGUGAUGUAUGAAUCUUUGUGUAGUCUCCCUUGUGGUUUGCUGUCAACAGAUAAGAUCUGAGCUCUGUGAAGGGCCGGACAUAUGCAUAUCUACAAACCUAUGCUCUCUUAGAUUUUGUGUCUGUGUGGUUUU